AUGUCAGGCAGUUUUAUCGUAUCCACCAGUCUCCCCUACUUUCCGUCCCCUCUCUCCAGCCCUGUCCCUGCACCAAGGUUCCCGGCAACCAUGCCGCUGGUUAAAGUUCCAGGUAUGGAUGAUGCAAUGCGUAGCUUGGCUGAAAGAGUUUUUGCCUCUGAAAUGAAGGAUGAGGGAGGUCGACAUGAACUCUCCCCAUUUGAUGUGGAUGAAAUAUGCCCCAUUUCUCACCACGAAAUGCAAGCUCACAUAUUCCAGCAGGAGAUGAAAACUCCCGAAGGAAGAGGGAAGAAACGUUUUCAGAGUCGGAAGACGGUUGUUCUGUCUCAUCCAUCACUGGAGGAACCUUCAACAAAUCUGCCUGCUACUGAUGACCGCGUUUCCUCAUCCCCAUUAUACCAGACAGUGCCUGACUUCCAGAGAGUUCAGAUUACCGGUGACUACGCCUCUGGGGUCACGGUUGAAGAUUUUGAAGUUGUGUGCGCAGGUUUCUAUCGGGCAUUAUGUAUUCGGGAGAAGUAUAUGAACAAGUCAUUUCAGAGGUUCCCUAGAACCCCUUCCAAGUACCUUCGUAAAAUGGAAGGAGAUGUUUGGAAAGUAGACGAGAGCUUAUAUCCAGUCUUUACCCCUCCCGUGAAGAAGGGAGAAGAUCCUUUCCGAACAGACGAUCUCCCUGAAAACCUUGGGUAUUAUUUAAAAAUGAAGGAUGGUGUGGUUUACAUAUACCCUGAUGAAGCAGCUGCCAAAAGAGAUGAGCCUCAACAACUGCCUUACCCGGAUUUGAACAUCUUCCUGGAAGAUAUGAAUUUUCUACUAGCAUUAAUUGCUCAGGGUCCUGUUAAAACCUAUGCCCACCGACGCCUGAAGUUUUUGUCCUCCAAGUUCCAGGUUCAUGAGAUGUUAAAUGAUAUGGAAGAAAUGAAGGAACUGAAGAACAAUGCUCACCGAGACUUCUACAACUGUAGGAAGGUGGACACACAUAUCCACGCUGCUGCCUGUAUGAAUCAGAAGCACCUGCUACACUUCAUUAAGAAAUCCUACCGGCUGGAUGCUGACAGAGUGGUCUACAUCUCCAAAGAGAAAAAGCUGACCUUAAAGGAGCUCUUUGCCAAUUUGAAAAUGCACCCCUAUGACCUAACUGUUGAUUCUUUGGAUGUUCAUGCAGGACGUCAGACUUUCCAGCGUUUUGACAAGUUCAAUGAUAAGUACAACCCCGUGGGAGCCAGUGAGCUGCGGGAUCUCUACCUGAAGACAGACAACUACAUUAAUGGGGAGUAUUUCGCCACUAUUAUCAAGGAGGUGGCCGCAGACCUGGAGGACGCCAAGUACCAGCACGCAGAACCCCGGCUGUCCAUCUACGGCCGCAGCCCCGAGGAGUGGCCCAAGCUGGCUUCCUGGUUUGUCCAGAACCGAGUCUACAGCUCCAACAUGAUGUGGAUGAUCCAGGUCCCUAGGAUCUAUGAUGUGUUCCGGGCCAAGAAUUUCCUCCCACAUUUCGGCAAGAUGCUGGAAAAUGUAUUCCUGCCAGUGUUUGAGGCCACAGUCAAUCCCCAGGCCAAUCCGGACUUGAGCAUCUUCCUCAAGCAUAUCACCGGCUUUGACAGCGUGGAUGAUGAAUCCAAACACAGCGGCCACAUGUUUUCGUCCAAGAGUCCCAAACCUGAGGAGUGGACGAUGGAGAAAAAUCCAUCGUAUACAUACUACGCAUACUACAUGUACGCCAACCUCGUGGUGCUCAACAGUCUAAGGAAGGAGAGAGGAAUGAACACCUUUCUCUUCCGCCCUCAUUGUGGGGAAGCUGGAGCUAUUACGCAUCUAAUGACAGCAUUCAUGACGGCAGACAAUAUCUCCCAUGGCUUAAAUUUAAAAAAGAGUCCUGUGCUGGAAUACUUAUAUUUUCUGGCUCAGAUUCCCAUUGCCAUGUCACCUCUAAGUAACAACAGCCUCUUCCUAGAAUAUGCUAAAAACCCACUGUUGGAUUUCCUUCAGAAAGGCCUGAUGAUUUCACUCUCCACAGAUGAUCCGAUGCAAUUCCACUUCACCAAGGAGCCGCUGAUGGAGGAAUAUGCCAUUGCUGCCCAGGUCUUCAAACUCAGCACCUGCGAUAUGUGUGAAGUGGCAAGAAACAGUAUCCUGCAAUGCGGCAUGUCCCAUCAGGAGAAAACAAGGUUUCUGGGAGACAAUUACCUCGAGGAAGGCCCUCGUGGGAAUGACAUCCGGAAGACAAAUGUAGCUCAAAUCCGCAUGGCAUAUCGCUAUGAAACCUGGUGUUAUGAACUCACCUUAAUUGCUGAGGGCCUUAAUUACCAGGUGGAACCCUGA